GAAGAGGUAUCAUUCAUUUCUUCUAAAACGUAUAUAAAUAAAUAUCAGCUUAUAGAGAAUCGAGAGAGAAAUAGUUUCAGGAAAAUGGCGAGCAGUAGAGGUGGGAGUGGAAGCAUUACAGGAAGUAAUACGGCCAAAUCAAUGGUCACUGAUCAGAUCUCUCAAGCCAUACUCUCCACCUCCAAUCUCCUCCAUCUCAUGCAAACAUCUUCUCCUUCCCAGACCCAACUGGUGAAGCUUCCAAAGAAUCUCUUGGCAAAAACACCUACAAUUAAGAAUACUGGACAAUUGUUAGAGCAUAUGCCUCGGGUGAUUUCGUCCCUGGAUGUACAUAUGGAAAAUGCAAUGCAAAGUGCUCCUCAUCUACAAACUGUAAUCCAAUUACUUUCAAACAUGGAAAGCAGUCAGCUUAGUUCCCUCUCCCAAGUGCAUCGCCCUCGAGAGGAGCAUAUUGCAGAAAAUCAACCUUCUGAACUGGAGUAAGAAAAUCAUCCAUUUUUUUUCCUUCCCAAAAAUCUGAAUUUGUUAGUGACUGAGAAAAGAUAGGCUUAGUUGUUGUGGCAAAUAUUCUCAAUCAAUGAUGUAGAAGUAUUGGCCUUUCUUAGUCCAAUUUCAUUGUACAUAAUUGUAACUCAAAUGAUGUUCCACCUUGUAGAUGAAUAAUUUUAGUUUCAACUACUUUUGUUUUUUUUCCC